UGUUGGCGCGCCGGCAGCCAAUGGAGCGGACCGGUGGUUCGGCGGUUCUAAGGCGAGGAGACGGAGCAACUUUGGCACCGCCGAAAGAUUUCCAAAGCAAGCAAGCAAGACGCGCGGCCAUGUUUCAGUUUCGGUAGCGUGUGUCGUUAGCCCGAAACAAUAACACUGCCGAUGGGCCUGCUUCAACCCGACGCCAUGUAGUGUUAUUGAAGCCUGUGCCUUCGGAGUUCUCCCGGACGUACACCCAGCGGCUGCCAUCGCCUGGGAAACGCGGCUGUGAUGCGGCCCCGAAACGUCUCACUAGGCCUAGUAGCGCUGGCAGCGCUGCUGGCACCCGGCCUGGGCCAGGUGAUAAGCUCGCGUGUGUCCGAGCACCGCUCCAUUCCUCAUCAUGGUCGCUGUGAACCCAUCACGAUUCCGCUGUGCAAAGACAUUCAGUAUAACGAGACUAUUAUGCCCAACUUGCUCAAUCACCAGAAGCAAGAAGACGCCGGCAUGGAAGUGCACCAAUUCUUUCCAUUGGUCAAGGUCAAGUGCUCGCCGGACUUGCAGUUUUUUCUCUGCUCUAUGUACGCACCAGUGUGCACGAUCCUGGAGUACCCGAUCCCACCGUGCCGUUCGCUUUGCAUGUCAGCGCGCGAAGGCUGCGAACACCUGAUGAACAAGUUUGGCUUCAAGUGGCCGGAGUCCCUUGAGUGUGACAAGUUCCCAGAAGUUGGCUCAUCGGAAAAGCUUUGCGUCGGCGAGAAUGUAACUGAACAUCGAAUCAACCACACUCCAACUUCACCGAAUUCGACGGGACUCCUUGUCAAUCAUGGUUUUCUCUGCCCGCGCGAGUUUCGUGUGCCCCUUGGUUUGGACUAUGUGUUCCGCAUUCGUGGUAAGGAAGAAAAGAACUGCGGGAUGCCGUGCCACCACAUGUUCUUCCGCGGCGAAAACCUCAAGUUUUCGCGCUACUGGAUCGGUGCCUGGGCCAUACAGUGCAUGGUGUCCACGCUGUUCACUGUACUGACAUUCCUAAUCGACAUGCAGCGGUUCCGUUACCCAGAGCGACCCAUCAUUUUCCUCUCAUUUUGCAACUUGAUGGUAUCUUCCACCUAUUUCGCGGGAUUCGUGCUCGGCGAUCAAGUGGCCUGUAACGAGCCUUUCGAAGUGCCGGGUGGACACAGUAACAUUGAAAUGGUCCGCACGAUCACGCAGAACAACAAAAAAGAAGCCUGCACUGUAAUGUUUAUGGUGCUUUACUUCUUCAGCAUGGCCGGUUCAAUCUGGUGGGUUGUCCUCACGCUCACCUGGUUCUUGGCGGCAGGGCUCAAGUGGGGUCAUGAGGCGAUUGAGAGCAACUCGCAGUACUUCCACCUUGCUGCUUGGACUAUACCAGCCGUAAAAACUAUUACGAUCCUAGCUAUGGGAAAAGUGGAAGGGGACGUUCUCAGCGGAGUCUGCUAUGUCGGUCUUUGGAACAUGGACGCCUUACGUGGUUUCGUUCUCGCGCCGCUGUUCGUCUAUCUUGCCUUAGGCAAGGUAUUCCUUAUGGCGGGCUUCAUAUCCCUCUGCCAUAUCCGCACUGUGAUGAAGCACGAUGGCACCAAGACAGACAAACUAGAAAAGCUGAUGGUCCGGAUCGGCAUCUUUUCGUUCCUGUACACUUUACCAGCUCUAACAGUGUUAUGCUGCUACUUCUACGAACAAGCUCACUUCGACGACUGGAUGCUCGCUUGGCACUGGCAAGUGAACGCAGAGCAGCGUUGGAGCAUACCGUGCCCAGAACCUUCGUGCAACCGCCGCGAUCGUACGCUGCGCCGGCCAGAGUUCUACGUCUUCAUGAUCAAGUACCUGGGCAUUCUCAUUGUGGGCAUCACGUCGGGCGUCUGGAUAUGGUCCGGAAAGACAUUCGCUUCGUGGAGAAACUUUUACGCCCGCUUGCAGAACUUGACAUCCACGCCAGCGAGGCGCCGUGCAGAGGCGUACGUUUGACCAGCCGUCUCUGCUGACAUCUACUCAGGAAUCGCGCGUGCGAGCGCAUUAACGGUAGGCCCGAUUUAUUACGCCGUGCCAACGCAAGCGGCCAAUGCGAACGACGUUGUCACUUCGUGCAAGUGACGGCGUCGUUUUGCGAAGUUCGAGUGGUGAAGGUGGUACUGCCCGUGCCGGGUGUACUGUCCGCCUGGCGGAUGCACCCUUCGUAUUCUUUGCGACUCAUGUCGCCUGCACGAAUCGCGAGUGCUCGUGCAGGCGAUAUUGGUCAAGUUUAUUGAUGCGGCUGCCAUAAAUGCAUUAACUGCAUUCGCCAUGACCGUCAUCAGUAACUUGCAGUGAACUCAUGGUACAUUUGGUCUUUCUUGUGUGCCACUUAGACUCAGCCAGGAGAGUAGCAAACAGUGAUGCUCCAUGAGCUUCUGAUUCUCCAUAUCAGCACAGGGUUGUAAGAUAUAGAAAGAUCCUGCCAGUGAGUUGCAUGCAGCACAAAUUAUGUCUCGGUGACGUUAUAGGUAUGUGGUACAUGCUGGGAUAGUGAAUGGAGUAGUUUUCCGUGUUAAAAGGAGCACAGAAACCCUACAACAUAUCUUUCAUGUUUUUAAAGCGAGGGUUUGCUAAAUGAGGCAGCGUCGAAAAAUUUCAUUAGCUGGUGCUUUUUCGUUUUUGUUUCAUUGUAAUUUAUAUAUGCAUUGAUUCCCAUCCAACUGUUACGCUUUAAGCAGCAACAUAAGUGAUGCACUGUUCUCAUUAAUGCUGCCAUUGCUGCUCUCUUGCGAUAGGUGUUCACAAAUGCCCAUAAUUGGAUUGCAUGCACAAGCUGUUUAAGCUGUGUGUCAAGCAUGAUCAACAAAUGUAAACGAGCACAGCUCAUGCGCGCACAUUAUUUUUUCUUCUUGCUUGAAUGUUCAUGCAAACGAUCGCAGGACACUAAAAGCCAACAACCUGACUGAAAGGCGCACAUUAUUUCCAUGUACUUCUUUUCAUAUCAGUGAGUGUUUGUGAACUUUGGGACAGUUUAUCAUUCACCAUUUUAAUCUGCACAACACUUCAUUUUUUCACUGCGAGAAUAUUUUUCUGGUAUGCCCUGGGAGAGUAUUUUGUCUUUUCAUGGGCUAAGCAGAGCACAUUCAAAUGAAAGAAAUGCUGUCCUCACUGGACCAUGGCAUGUACUUGGGCGAGACCCAAUUUUCACUCGCCUAACCUGAAAACCAGAAGGCAGAAGUGCAGUGCUUUUGACAGUUUGUUACUUUGGUUUGCUCAAGCAAUUUAAUGCCUGCAUAAUGCCAUAGUGUAUUGCCAUUAUUGAUGGAAGGACUGCUUGCACAUCAAAAUAUUGCUUUUGGGCAGCUGAUACACGCUUAACACUAGUUCAACCAACUGUGUAGCGGAUAUUUUUUACAAUGAUGUCGGUGAUGAACCUGUCAAAUACUUCCGUUUCCAUGUUUAAGGCACCUAAGUGGAUAUCUUCAGUGCACUUCUAAUAAGUCACUAUCAUUUUUAGCAGCAUUGCCACAUGCUUUAGCUGCUAGAUGUGUUCAGAACGUGUUCAUAUUCCUUUUUGUCCUAUAUUGGUACGUAUUUGCCUGUAAAAUCUCAUCCAGAUUUUUCUUUCUUUUUUACACCGUAUGCUUCAUGCUCUAAGCUGAUGCAUGCAGUAGAUGUCACAUUUACUCCUUAUGUUACUUGGUAACAUUUUUUCACACGUUCUGCUGGACGACACGUUCCUGUGCCGAGAUUCAUCCUUUCAUUGGCGAUAACUCUGUGCCCACUGCUUGUAAAACAGGCGAACACAGAAUUUUUCGUCACAUGUUGCUGGUAGCAUCCACUUGUCUUUAAUCUAAGUAGCACAUGCCAGUAUGUAUAUUUUGGUGAAUGACAAAUACUUUUAACUUUUGCAAUCUUUGUACACAUUAAUUGACAUAACUUAAGGAUCGCUUUGUAGUGUUAUGGCAUCAUGUUGACAAGCUAAAAGGGGCACCAGAAGUGCCUGCUUUUGACAGCUAAGUUUCAAACUUGUGUUCUCUAUAAAUCAGUGCUGGCAUUAGUGAUCUUUAUACCUUUUGGAACAACUUUUGGCAGCUGUGGCACAUUUUAAUACUCUUCAAAAGUGUGGACCUGUGAUUAACUGCAUUACUGUAGUGGAGAAAGUUUUCUUAUGCACUUUUUUUUUGUUGCCAACUCGCUAGAUGUGUGCUUUGAGUGAGAUUUGAAGCUUGUUCCGCUUGUUUGAUGUCAUUUGAGCCUUUGGUGGAAAGAUUUCACUGAGAUAGUCAAGUUUUAAAACUCGUGCCUACUGACAACACAUUUGAUUGCAAAAUGCCACUCUUUUAAGAAUAACCGUGUACUGUAUUUUAUAGCUCUGUCACACGAGCACGCAAAAACUCUUUUACGCAAGCGGUCUUUUACCAAGUUGAAAGACUUUUGAAUGAAGAGGUGUUGCGCAGCAGACACACGGCGCCGACGAUCUCCUUUUAGUGUUUCCUUCUGGACACGCUACCGAAAGUGUGGCGCUAGCGUUCUAAACAAUAUCGGCCAAAAAAAUGUAUGUAUCUCGAAAUAUAAAGUGAAAACUUAUUGUUUACACGUUUUUCAAAUAAAUUUAACAUAACAAACGGUAAUAUAAAGAUUUAUUUUAGUAGUUUAAAGAGCGUCAUCACGUGACAUCCCCAGCCCGUUCGACCUGCUUACGAGAGUACAGAAGAGAAUGAGCAUUACUGGCUUUACUACACCUUCUGCGAGACAUAAAAUUAUUUUUUAUGAUGAGUCUAGGCGACAGAAAAUUAUGCAAAUCGAUUAUUUUCUUUAAUAUAUCAUAAUUGCUGGUACCCACUGGUUUCCAGGCUACUCCUUUUCGGCCGUAAAGGAGUAACUGCUCUUCCAGAAAAGACCGCUUCUGAAAAAGAGAUCGCUCCCUGGUCGUGUGUCUGCGGGCGAAACUCUUUUUCGGGAGAAGUCAUUUUGCUCAAAAGACUUUCGAGUGCCCGUGUGACAGGGGUAUUAGUUGUAAGCAUUAUAUGCAAAGGUAAAUGAAAAACAUGGAGACAUUUCACUGAUGUCUCGUGCUGGCUACAUGAUGUUAUGGUGUUGUCGGUCUGCGCACUGCAGAUGCCUUUUUAUGUUUGAUGCAACUUUUCUUUGCAUGUUGCUGAACAUAAUGCUUGCUUUGCUGACUGUUGUAGCAAAGGUGUUCAUUCACUGUACAUAGUGUCAACUUGAGGAGUUCCUUAUGAUGUACAUUUUCAUGGUUGUAUUUUGAUUUUUAUGAAACUGGUUAGCUACAGUGCAUGCUGCUACAAGCUGCUAGCACAAAUUACAUGUCACAAUGUCUUCAUCCUACCUAAUUGUAUGCUGGCUCAUGCUGUGUUCUCUUUAAAUAGAACCUUUUUUUUUUUCA